AUGCCCCCACCUUUAACACCACCUCCCAUGAUGGAGGAGAGGGCUCCCUUUGAGCUGGUCAUGAAACAUGGGCACCAGGAUUUGGUGCAGGCGGUCGCAUUCAACAGCUAUGGUGACAGGUGCGCAACCGGCUCAGUCGACGGCAAGAUCAGGGUCUUUAACCGACACAAGGACGGUGUAUGGAGGCUAUGUGACACAUGGACUGCACAUGGAGGAGAAGUACUAGAGCUCCAAUGGCUGCCGCCCACCGUCUAUCCCAACCUCGUCGCCUCUCUGGGUAUAGAAGGUCGCUUCAAGCUCUGGGCCGAGGACCCCUCUGCAGCCCCAGGGCGCCGCUUCGGUAGCCGGUCCAAGGACAAUGCCAAGGCGUUGUUUGACCACCGCUCGCCGCGCGCCCCCUACCGGUCCUUCUCAUUACGCCACAACGAGGAGACGCGCCAGACCCACCUGGCCCUCCUCGCUGCCGACGGCCAGCUCACUGUCUACGAGAAUGACAUGUCCGAGAACCUGUCCGACUGGAUGCAGACGGACGAAUUCUCAGUAUGCGAGCGGCCAGACCGCGGCGUCGAGACGAGCUUCCACGUGCGCUUCGACCCGAACCCGGACCCGUGCUACACCGCCCUGCGCGCUGGCAUGCCCACCGACACCCUGGGCCUGGUGGUCGGCGCUAUGAACGCCGUCAAGGUCUACCGUACCCGCGACGUCGUCAUCCACGCGUACGGCGUGCCCUCGACUAAGAAGGAGUUCUACGAGGCGGCCGUGAUCCCCGGCCACCGGAACCUGGUGAGGGAUGUGGCGUGGGCGCCGGGCAACAUCAGGGGCUACGAUAUCAUCGCCUCGGCGUGUAUGGACGGAUACGUGAGGGUCGUGCGGCUGGAUACCCCGUACGACAGGGCGGAUGGCAGGACGUGGUCCUCAGGUGACCUCGUCAAGGGCGGUUCUCACCAGGACGGGCCUGCGAGGGCCGGUGGUGGUGGUGGCGGCGGUUCUAGAGGCCAAGCACCACCACAUCAUCCCUCGGGCAUCAGCCAGGGUGUGCACCAUCCACCAUCCGAGAGCGACCGGAGGAAGAACCAGGCCGGCCACAUACCUCACUACGUCUCCCUCCUCUCGAGUCUAGAGAACCACAGGUCGCCGAUGUGGCGGGUGGGGUUCGACGAUGACGGUCAGAUCCUCGGAUGUGUUGGGGAUGACGGGAAGCUGUUGUGCUUCCGCCAGAACUCUAGUGGACAAUGGCUAAAGAGCUCAGAGAUUGGCAUCACGAAGAUGAAGAUGGCCGUCCCGUCGUGA